AUGUCCGCACUUUAUUUUGAUCUUGAAAAUGAUUUGGAACCAUCAUUAAGUUCUCUAUUUGCUCUAAAAUCUUUGAAGUGGAUAUUUGUGGGAGGUAAAGGAGGUGUCGGGAAGACAACUACAUCAUGUUCUAUUGCUUCUAAGCUUUCAGAAGAGCGAGAUAGUGUUUUAAUACUAUCUACUGAUCCAGCUCAUAAUCUAAGUGAUGCAUUUGUUCAGAAAUUUGGUAGUACACCUACCUUGAUUAAUGGAUACAAGAAUUUAUAUGCAAUGGAGUUAGAUCCUUCCUACCAACAAGUAAUGGAAUUUAAACUUAAGGAUGAGGGCUUUAAUUUAUCUAAAUUUCUCCCAGAUCUAUUAUCUGCCUUACCUGGUAUAGAUGAGGCUCUAAGCUUUGCUGCUCUUAUGCAAUUUGUUCAGACAAUGUCAUACAGUGUCAUUGUAUUUGACACUGCACCAACAGGUCAUACACUUCGUCUAUUAAGCUUUCCAAGUUUAUUAGAGAAGGGUUUGACUAAAUUAAGUUCUCUAAGACAAAAAAUGUCGGGUGCUUUUCAACUAUUUAAUUCUAUUAGUGGUAGCUCUUUACAAGAAGAUGAUAUUCAUUCUAAACUUGAUGAUUUAAGAGCUAUCACAACUUCUGUAAAAGAGACAUUUCAAGAUGCCUCAAAAACAUCAUUUGUAUGUGUUUGCAUCCCGGAAUUUCUUUCCGUUUAUGAAACAGAACGCCUUAUACAGGAAUUAGCAAAACAGUCUAUAGAUUGUUCACAUAUUGUGGUUAAUCAAGUAGUAUUUCCUAUUGCUGACAAACUAAUUGGUGAAGAUAAAUCGAAUACAACUUUAAGUAUCCCAUCUAAAUAUAUGUGUGAAGAGAUCCCAAACGAUCCAAAUGAACUUCGUAGUUUUACUUUAAGUCUUGUUUCAGAAUAUAGGACAUUAUGGAAUUAUACUGGGAUCUUAUAUGAAUCUUAUCAAUCUAGAAGAAGCAUGCAACGUAAAUAUUUAGAACAAAUCAGGGACCUGUAUGGUUGUGAUUUUCAUGUAGCAUACAUUCCAACUUUACAGAGUGAGGUACGUGGAAUAGAUCGCCUUAAACACUUCGGAUCUCUUCUAGUAAAAAAAAUAAACAUAGAUACUUUGUUAGAGGUAGAUUCACUUAAAGUGCUAGCUUAA